GCGCCGAGCCGCUCGCUCCGCGCCCGCUCAGCCCCGCUCGGCCGCCCGGGCCGCCUCGGUGGGCGCCUCCCGCUUCCCCGCGGCCGCCGGGCCGGCAGACAGGGCGCGAGCCCCGGGGCGGAGCGCGAGCCCCCGGGCCCGGAGGCGGCUGCAGCCCGGUGGGCAGCGCCGCGCGGGGAGGGGCCGCAGCAUCCUCGCCCCCUCGGCGCCGGGGCCGGAGCGGAGCGGGCGGCUGGGGUGCAGGGCCUCCCGCCGCCGAGCCGGAUGCCGGAGGGGCGCAGGUGAGCGAGGAUGGCAGCGAGGACGUGAUCUGCACCGGCCCUCGUCCGCCCGCCGAGGAGACCACCAUGCAGAAGCCCAGCGGCCUGAAGCCCCCCGGCCGCGGGGGGAAGCAUUCAAGCCCCGUGGGCCGGACGUCCACAGGCUCAGCCUCGGCCGCAGCUGCCGCCGUGGCCACCAGCUCCAAGGAAGGCUCCCCCCUGCACAAGCAGGCAUCAGGCCCCCCCUCCUCCGCUGCCGCAGCUGCCGCCCCCGAGAAGCCGGGCCUGAAGGCGGCCGAGGUGGGCGAUGACUUCCUGGGGGACUUCGUGGUGGGCGAGCGGGUGUGGGUGAACGGCGUGAAGCCCGGCGUGGUGCAGUUCCUGGGCGAGACGCAGUUCGCCCCGGGCCAGUGGGCCGGCGUGGUGCUGGACGAGCCCGUGGGCAAGAACGACGGCUCGGUGGGCGGCGUGCGCUACUUCGAGUGCCCGACGCUGCAGGGCAUCUUCACGCGGCCCUCCAAGCUGACCCGGCAGCCCACGGCCGAGGGCUCGGGCAGUGACACCCAUUCGGUGGAGUCGCUCACCGCCCAGAACCUGUCGCUGCACUCGGGCACGGCCACGCCCCCGCUGACCAGCCGCGUCAUCCCCCUGCGGGAGAGCGUCCUCAACAGCUCUGUCCGGACGGGCAACGAGUCGGGCUCUAACCUGUCAGACAGCGGCUCCGUGAAGCGGGGCGACAAGGACCUGCGCCUGGGAGACCGCGUGCUGGUUGGCGGGACGAAGACAGGCGUGGUGCGGUAUGUGGGGGAGACGGACUUUGCCAAGGGCGAGUGGUGUGGUGUGGAGCUGGACGAGCCCCUCGGGAAGAAUGAUGGGGCAGUGGCAGGUACCAGGUACUUCCAGUGCCCACCCAAGUUUGGUCUCUUCGCACCCAUCCACAAGGUAAUACGCAUCGGCUUCCCGUCCACCAGCCCAGCCAAGGCCAAGAAGACCAAGCGUAUGGCCAUGGGCGUCUCUGCGCUGACCCACAGCCCCAGCAGUUCCUCCAUCAGCUCCGUCAGCUCUGUGGCCUCCUCUGUGGGCGGCCGGCCCAGCCGCAGUGGCCUGCUCACGGAGACCUCUUCGCGCUAUGCCCGCAAGAUCUCGGGCACGACCGCUUUGCAAGAGGCGCUGAAGGAGAAACAACAGCACAUUGAGCAGUUGCUGGCUGAACGGGACCUGGAGCGGGCCGAGGUAGCCAAGGCCACCAGCCACAUCUGCGAGGUGGAGAAGGAGAUUGCCCUGCUCAAGGCACAGCACGAGCAGUAUGUUGCAGAAGCAGAGGAGAAGCUGCAGCGGGCGCGGCUGCUGGUGGACAGCGUGCGGAAAGAGAAGGUGGACCUGUCCAACCAGCUGGAGGAGGAGAGGAGGAAGGUGGAGGACCUGCAGUUCCGCGUGGAGGAGGAGUCCAUCACCAAGGGAGACCUGGAGACCCAGACGCAGCUGGAGCACGCGCGCAUUGGCGAGCUGGAGCAGAGCCUGCUACUGGAGAAGGCGCAGGCCGAGCGGCUGCUCAGAGAACUAGCGGACAACAGGCUGACCACGGUGGCCGAGAAGUCGCGGGUGCUCCAGCUGGAGGAGGAGCUGAGCCUGCGGCGUGGCGAGAUCGAGGAGCUGCAGCAGUGCCUCCUGCACUCGGGCCCACCACCCGCAGACCACCCCGAGGCUGCCGAGACCCUGCGGCUGCGGGAGCGGCUGCUGUCGGCCAGCAAGGAGCACCAGCGGGAGAGCGGGGCGCUGCGGGACAAGUACGAGAAGGCGCUGAAGGCCUACCAGGCCGAGGUGGAGAAGCUCCGGGUGGCCAACGAGAAGUACGCGCAGGAGGUCGCGGACCUCAAGGACAAGGUCCGGCAGGCCACCAGUGAGAACAUGGGGCUCAUGGACAACUGGAAGUCCAGGCUGGACUCGCUGGCCUCGGACCACCAGAAGUCCUUGGAGGACCUCAAGGCCACGCUGAACUCGGGCCCCGGCGCCCAGCAGAAGGAGAUCGGGGAGCUGAAGGCCGUGAUGGAGGGCAUCAAGCUGGAGCACCAGCUGGAGCUGGGCAACCUGCAGGCGAAGCACGACCUCGAGACGGCCAUGCACGUGAAGGAGAAGGAGAGCCUGCGGCAGAAGCUGCAGGAGGCCCAGGAGGAGCUGGCCGGGCUCGGGCAGCACUGGCAGGCCCAGCUGGAGGUGCAGGCCGGCCAGCACCGGCUGGAGCUUCAGGAGGCCCAGGACCAGCGCCGUGACGCUGAGCUGCGGGUCCAUGAGCUGGAGAAGCUGGAUGCGGAGUACCGGGGCCAGGCACAGGCUAUCGAGUUCCUCAAAGAGCAGAUCUCCCUGGCUGAGAAGAAGAUGCUGGACUACGAGCUGCUGCAGCGCUCGGAAGCCCAGAGCAAGCAGGAGGCGGAGCGGCUGCGGGAGAAGCUCCUGGUCGCCGAGAACAGACUGCAGGCCAUGGAGUCCCUGUGCUCCUCCCAGCACGCCAAUAUGAUUGAGUCGAAUGACAUUUCAGAGGAGAAGAUCAGGAUGAAGGAGACGGUGGAGCGCCUUCAGGACAAGCUCAACAAGAGGGACAAAGAGGUGACAGCUUUGACGUCCCAGACGGAGGUGCUCAGGGCCCAAGUAAGUGCCCUGGAGAGCAAGUGCAAGUCGGGGGAGAAGAAGGUGGACGCCCUCCUGCGGGAGAAGAGGCGCUUAGAGACAGAGCAAGAGGCCGUGUCCCGGAAGACCCACGAUGCCUCCGGCCAGCUGGUCCUCAUCAGCCAGGAGCUGCUCAGGAAGGAGCGGAGCUUGAACGAACUGCGAGUGUUGCUAUUGGAGGCCAAUCGCCACUCCCCGGGGCCCGAGAGGGACCUGAGUCGUGAGGUGCACAAGGCAGAGUGGCGGCUCAAGGAGCAGAAACUCAAGGACGACAUCCGAGGCCUGCGUGAAAAGCUGACCGGGCUGGACAAGGAGAAAUCCCUGUCGGAUCAGAGGCGCUACUCACUCAUUGACCCGUCCUCGGCGCCUGAGCUCCUGCGGCUGCAGCACCAGCUGGUCAGCACAGAGGACGCUCUGCGGGACGCCCUGGACCAGGCUCACCAGGUGGAGAAGCUCAUGGAGGCCAUGAGGAGCUGCCCUGACAGGGCCCAGACCGUCGGCAGUUCCGGUUCUGCCAACGGCAUCCACCAGCAAGACAAGGCCCACAAACAAGAGGAAAAGCACUGACCCGGAAGGACACGGUGGAGCGGCCCAGUCCACCCCAGAGACCACCGGCCUGCCCUUGUGGCACCCCCUCCAGGCAGGGGCCAGGAUUGUCACUUUGGAGACAAGAACAGUGUUUGUAACAAUAAUGUACUCACCGCCACGGACAAUCCCCCAUCCCCGAACCCCCUGCCGGCCCAGGAGGCUUCCUCAAGCGCGACCUUCCAGAGAGAGCGGUACGGCCCCUGCCUGGCCCCCAGCCCUUGGCCUGGGCAUCUGGAGUUCGGGGAGCUGGAGGGGCUCCAGCUGGGCCCCUCUCCUCUCCUCUACCUGCCCCAGAUGAGCUGCCCUGAGGAUCAGCUGGCGCCCUGGCACACACAUCCCUGCCCCUUUCCUGCCCUCUGCCCUUGGGGUCCCCCAGACCCUGGAGCUGCCACUGACCCAGGAAGGGGCCAGAGGAGGGCCCCGGCUUCUCCUUGCAGGCACAGAGGAGGAGAGUCAGAGCCAGGUGGGGCUCCCCUUUUCCACAGCCACUUCCAGGCCAAGGCACUCCCCGGGACUCUUGUCCCCACACACUGAGCCUCCUUCAAAAGAGGUACAAGUCCCCCUCAGCCCAUCUGCCCAGGGAGGCCCCCAGGUUCCAGGGGUGGGUGGACAGGGCGCCUCUCCUCCCUCUGCCCCAACACACACACACACACACACGCCCCUGCAAGCUGCCAGCCACGGAUGCUCACCAAGGCCAGAGCUACAGUAUUAGGAAAGCACCCAAGCCCCUCUCCUCGCCCCUCUCCGCUGACCUUGGCCAAGCCCUGGCUUGGAACUGGUGGGGAGGGGUGGCCGCAGGGGAGCCCAGAGCGAGGACCCCAGGCCUGUUUGACUAGUUAGUGAUACAGUGUCCCUGGGUUGACUAGAUGUUCCGCUCACCCUAGCACACACCCAGAGGGGUCCCUGCUGCACACGUGGCCACACAGAUGCACAAGCUGGAGUUCCAGGAUGGAGCCCCAGGCCUGGCAGCACACAUCCCUCCUAACCCAGAGGUGCAGGCACACAUCCAGGGACCCAGAGAUAAGCGUGCAGGGCUGUGUGUGCUGUGCACACUCCUGAGACCCCCCGCGGACCAGUGGCCCUCUUGGUUGGAUUUUCUGACCUGAAGGCUCUUGCUCCUCUUUCUACCUUGUGAGACAAGACCCCCAACUCCUCACCUGCCCCAAGCUCCUAAGCCCCGUCCCCUGCAGCCAGGAAAAGACCUUAAGGGAGGUCGGGAAGAAGGAAAAUUGCACUUCCUCUCCCCUCUUCCACGCAAGCCCUGCUGAGGUGCCCCAGCCAGUGUGUGGUGGGAAAAGAUGAUUUGGCCCAGCAGCCCCCACCCCUAGAGCAGGUGACGGCCUGUGCCUCAGCAUUGCCACAGGGGGGCCCUCGGCGCCCUCCCUCUGCUCUGGGAGAUAUUUCACGUGCGGUGAGGGGGGCAAGCCUGCUACCCAUUGCAGCGUUCCCCUAACGCACCUGGACAGGUAGGCAGUCCCGCCCCAGGAACGGGCCAGGCUGCCUCGCUGAGUACUUCCAGGUGCAGGAAGGUGGUGCUCACGUUCCUGCCCAAGCACAGCCCCUCCUGGCCCUCUGUUGGGUUCCGGUAGCUCUCGCAUGUGGUUUCACUAACAACACAGAAGCAACGCUUUAGUGGCCUAACCAGAGUCAGCACUGCUCCUUCCGGCAUAACCAGCAGCUCCGCGCAGCCCAGGGGAGGCAGCGAGUCGUCUCCUAACAGCCCAGGGCCACACAGCGGCAGGCGGGGAGGUGGUGGGGUGUCAGAGAAACAUUGCCCUGCGAGCAUCUGCCCUCGGGCGUCUCUCAGCCCACCCCAUGCGGCUGCCUGGGUGUGGGCUGGCCAUGGUCUCCCUACCCCAAAGGCCCCCCUGUGGCCUUCCCCAAAGUGGAAUCGUUGAAGUAUGGCAAGUCCGUGCUUGGGACAAUAAAGCUUGUGACUGAGGCCCAGGA